AUGUGUGUUUGUGUGAGUAAGACCCUAAAAAUUUUCUUUUUGGUGAUAGUUCUGUUGGCAGAUAGAUGUGUUUGUUGGAUCAAUGGGGUGAAUAUGACUAAAGAUGUGAAAAGAAAAAUUACCAAACCAAAGAGAUCCACUAAAAACCAGUUAGUCCUUCCGUUUUUGAAACCUUCGUUGAGUAACAAAUUACACGUGUUAUUUAUAGGAUUUAAUGCUGGAGAGAAAUCAGCUUUAAAGCAGCAUCGAUAUGCACAUCACACAAACCAGUUCUGGAAAUUAUUUAAUGAGAGCAAUUUACUAGAAAAAGUAACAACAUCACAGAACAUCACAAAAGAUGAUACACUAGAGAAAUUACUACUGCAUGGUUGCAAAGCAGUUCAUGAUUAUCAUUUAGUUAAUUAUGGUAUUGGAUUCACUAGUCUUGUUGAAAGAUCUACCAAAAAUACUCUGGAGCUAGGAAUAACUGAAAAAUUAGAAAGUGUACCACGGUUGCUUAAGGAAUGGAAUGAAUCAAAUGCUGUUGAAAUUGUAAUAUUAGGAAAAGGCAUAUGGGAUGUUAUCGUGACGUUCUUUAGUCGAAAGCUAAACGUUAAAUUCAAAUUAAAUGCUAUAGAGUUUAAAUGGGGAGAGGUGGGUAAAACUCAUGAACAUGAAAUUUAUAAUUUGAUACUUGAUUCUAUACAUGAUUGUAUUCCCAAAUCAAGUAAGAUACAUGUAUUCCCAGACACUUCAGGAUUAGUGCGUCAUUUUAAAUAUGAAGAUAAACUAGAUUUAUGGAAAGAUUUUGUACAUAGACUAUAA